UGCUUGCAGCCACUUCUUGCUCUGGGAUUCCACCCACACAGGGGCUCCAGGAAACAGGAGGCAAACGUGGAGGUCUGAGGCCCAUGUCCUGAGGUCAGGGAGCAGAGGACGUCCAGGCAGUGCUGGGAGACAAGGUCAGUGGUCUCCAUUUCCCCCAUGCCACACUCCCACUGGGCACAAGACCCCAUCCGUCAUGCCUGUGGUCCCGAUGAAUGAGUUUUGCACUCCUGAGGAACACCUUCAGGGCCAAAUCCAGGCCCAGGGCCCAGUGGAGGCGCAGCUCCUGGGGGUGGAGGCGGAGGAUGCCUCAACCCCUCUGGCCACCUCCCCUCCAAUCUCAUCUUCCUCUGCCACCGUAGAUGCAGAGAUCUUUCUCAAGCAGACUCUGAAUGUGAUGGUGGCUGAUCUAGUCGAGAUCGUGUUCCUCAAGUAUGGCACCAAGGAGCCGAUUUUCCAGACUGAAAUGCUGAAUACAGUCCUCAGGGAUAACCAGGCCCACUUCCCUGUGGUCUUUCAUAAAGCCACACAGUGCCUGCAGUUGGUCUUUGGCCUGGAUAUGAAAGAGGUGGACCAUAGAGAGCACAUCUAUGUCAUGAUCCCCACCCUGGGCCGCCUCACGCUCAGUGACAUGCAGAGGGAUGGGCAGAGUAUGCCAAAGGCUGGCCUACUGGUUUCCGCCCUGACCCUGACUCUCCUAGCAGGGGACUGGGUCUGUGAGGAGAAAGUCUGGGGAGAACUCAGCAGAAUGGGGGCAUUUGCUGGGAUGCAGCACUACGUCUAUGGGGAGCCCAAGGAGCUGCUGACCCAAAUAUGGGUGCAGGCGGGGUACCUGCAGUACUGUCAGGUGCCUCACAGCCACCCUGCUCACUAUGAGUUCCUGUGGGGUACCAGGGCCUAUGCAGAGACCAGCAAGCAGCAAGUCAAGGACUACCUGCACAGGGUCAAUGGAAGGGGUCCCGGGUUCUUCCCAUCCCAGUGUACAGAGGUGUGA